AUGGAGGGUUGUGAUGGAGUUCGGCAUGACGGCAGACUUAAUCUGCAGCAAGUGCCGUUCGCACAGCUUCGCACUGCGAUUAGGGAGACAUGGAGAUUGAAGGAGUCUGUGGAUACUAUCCCGAUUGGCAAAGGAUUCAUUAUCUUUAGAUUCUUGUCUGAAUCGGACAUGUGUUCGGUUUGGAAAAGGAGUCCGAUAAAGGUUGGAAAUCAGCUUAUGCACUUUCAAAGAUGGCGGCCAGACUUCAAGGUCAAUGGAAAUCACCAGACUCGUAAACUGGUGUGGAUUAGAUUCCCAGAUCUGCCAUAUGAGUACUGGCAUCCGGAUAUUCUUGUGUCAUUAGCUAAAGCAUUGGGCUCCCCAGUAGCUUUGGAUCGCCGCACUAGAGAAAGAUUGGCUGACCACUUUGAGAGAGUGUUGGUCGACAUUGACAUCUCUACGGAACAGGUGGACGAGGUCAUGGUGGAGCGCAAACGUUUGGGCCCUUCUGAACGUUACCGGUUCAAACAGAUUAUUGUCUAUGAGGAUAGUUUGGCGCAUUGUGGUUUCUGUAGAAGGGUGGGCCCCUCUUUCAACAACUAUAAAGAUAGGGUGUUGGCGGAGAAGGAUAAAAGGCCGGCCCGUGAGGAUGGGAAGGAGGCUGCGGUCGUUGAUGAGGGGUGGAUCGGUGGAAGAGAUUAG